GGUAGCUGCUGGUCUGCUGUGUAACUUGUGAUCGUAAUUAUGUGGAUACCUGACAGAUCGGUCCUCGAGCUUGUCAAGAAUGGUCAGUCAAUAAUAACAUCUUCCUAGUAAUCCGCCUCAGAUCAAGGUCACAACUACCACUCAAAAAAUCGAUCAAAGCAAUGAAUAAUACAUUCACACCCCAACCACAAUGACCUGGUCCAUACCUUGCAUCGGAAAGGGAGACCCGUCAACAUGCGCCGGUUUCUGGGCCGUCCCCCGAUAGACCAUGCGAACGACUCCAUUACGAGCUCGCCAAACCCCGCCCAACCCGUCGUCUACCGCCUCCACGCCUCACAAGAUGCCGUGUUCCAAGCUGGCGUGCCAAUCGCCGCUCUGGAUCGGUCACCCGAUGGCCGCUCAGCCGUGCUAGGCGGCCGUCACAUCUUGAAGAUUGUCCGCUUCGACGGUUGCAAAGUCGAAGAGCACGCCGACCUGCGAGCAAGCUUGACUGGCCAGGCAGCACGUGCAAACCCGAGCGCAACAGCUUCGGUCGGAGAUAAGCUCUCCAUCAAGGAUGUCAAAUGGGCUUCGUCCAGCGGCGGCGCCCAAUCGCUCUACACGGCCUGCGGCAACGGCAAGAUUUUUCAUUAUGACAUUACCAGGUCUUUUGGAGCCAUCGGCAGGCCCGGGGCGGCCCUAGACACCAUCACGAUCCGCGAGGACACGCGCCAGGUGAACGCGCUCGACGUGAACCCUCACAGGGACUCGUGGCUUCUCUCCGGUAGCCAGGACGGCUUUGUGCGGUGCUUUGACACGCGCGACCCCAUAUCGAUCAACCGCGGCGGUCUCACCUUUCGGCAGAUCCACGCCGGCAAGUGCAACGAUGGCGUGCGCCACGUCAAGUGGUCCCCAAAGGAGGGCUUCUGCUUCGCCUGCGGAACUGACAGCGGCGUCGUCAUGAAGUGGGACAGCCGAAUGUCUGCCAAGCCUGUGCUCCGGCUCAACGCCCACGAGGCGAACCGUGCCUGCACCACCGUGGCGUGGCAUCACGACGGCGAGCAUCUUGCCAGCGCCGGUACGGACAGCAAGCUGCACGUGUGGGACGCUUCGCCAGGUGCCGACAAGAAACAAAAGCCCAAGCUUUCCAUCACGCUGCCAGCACCGGCUGCCGCGAUGACUUGGCGACCGGGUCAGUGGUCUGCCACGGUACAGGGACGGAGAGCCGCGCAGAUCGCAGUUUCCUACGACACUAGCAGUGCAGGGAAACGCCAUUCAAAUGCCGUCGUUCAUCUUUGGGACUUUGCCCGCCCGACAAUGCCAUACAGGGAGGUGGACCGAUUUGAUGUCUCGCCAAUGUCCCUCCUUUGGCUCGAUUCUGAUCUGCUCUGGACAGCCGGCCCUGAUGGUAUUUUCAGUCAGUGUGACGUUGCAUUUGCCCCCAAGGUCAUUGAUCGGACUCCGGUCUCGGCAAUGGCUUUCUCUCCUCGCGGCGAUGUUGUUAUGCUGCUCGAUGAGCGGACCCAACCGCGUCGACCUCGCCUGCCAGCCUCGCUCCAUCGCAUGGAUAUGCGUCCGCCGCCAGCCGACUCUCCCAAAGAGCUAGUUGGCUCCAGCCCCGUUGCCAACAUGUUCAGCAUGGGUCGUAGCGAUUCCGAGGACGAGGUAGUUACUAGCUUCCUCGGUCCCCGGAAACCUGAAGCACCGGCAGUGAGGAGCAGGCGAGCUAGCAUCAAGUCAUCUCCAAACACCGUCAGCACAACACCGCCAUCGACAACCAUCUCCAACGAGCCCGCUGUUGCCUUGGAGCCUUCACUCAAGGUUGCAGGUAUCUAUAAAAACCACCAAUCAAUGGCCAUCGGACACGUCCCGGCUGCGCCUAGGGUUGACAUUUACCAUUUCUUGUCUUCGCAAUAUCUCGAGACUUUGGCAAACGAACUGCCGUUUAAUCCCGAGUCUGGCAGCAAACCUAUGGUUGACCGAGUAGUCGGCAUACUGCGGCACUACGCUCGAGCAGCCGAUGCUGUCAGUCAAUUUCGCCUGGCACAGACUUGGCGAAUCCUUGCCUUUGCCAUGGACCUCCUUCUCAGAAGCAGGGCCCAAUAUCACCUCGGUAGAAGAAUGAACCAGGCCAAGCUCAGGCUAGAAUCCAGCAGAGAGGAACGUGCAAAUGCCAAGGGAGGGGCACAGCCUCCUGCUAAGAACCCAGUCACGACCAACGAGCUCACGCCACGCCAGCAGUUUCCUGUGGGCACACCUCGCCCACUGGCCAGGUCUUUACUGGCAGAAGAGUUUGAGAGCACCUCCAAUGUGCCGACACCUUUGGCCAGGCCAGUCAGCGAUGUUACUGCUCAUCAACGGAAUCAAAUCCAUGAAAGCCCGACAAGCUUGCAGCAUGUCGGCGACAGACUCAUGUCUACGUCAGAUGUUGAGAACCUGAGUCUUCCACCUGCUGUCCAUUAUCGUUCGGAUUCGGAUUCGCCAAUUCAGUCGCGUAAGCGUCUCGACUCGAUCCCGUUGUCUGAGGUGAGCCAUGGCAGUGACCACACACAACGUUCUAUUACGGAGGGAUACGACUUUUACGACAUGGACGCCAUGGCAAAAGCAAUGGAUGUGCCUCAUGGUUCCAGGAAGUCCUUGGGUUCAACACCACUCCCGUCUGAUUACGUGGAGCCCAAGUCGCCAGAGAGUCAAAAGCAUCGGCCUGUGCUGAGAAAAGACUCGACCGAAAGCAUUGGCAACGUUUUUUACUUUUCGCAGACCAGUGCCGGCAGUCUGCCCUCCACGAGACAGUCAGUUAGUCCCGAACUAAAGGCCGGUGCUGUCCAGAGGGGUAGACGCCCAGCUCCUACUAGUGCGCCCUCUCAGCAUCAAGGGAGCCAGAGUCCCGUGAGUGGGGAGUUGCACAGUCGAAUACGAGGCAGAGAUCUGUCGGGCUCUCCCAAAUAUCCCUCGUUGAAGCUCUUGCACCAGCAACGUACAAUGCGUCCGACAGGUGCAAUCAAUACUCAGACUUCUGAUGAGUACAAUGCAGAUCUUGUCCUGGACAGCCAAACAACCCUGGACACUCAAUCUCCCCAGCGGACUGCAUCUGAUGGGCCUCCCCCCAGUUUUCCCGCUUCUGUCGAUCCGCCCCUUCCAAUCCCUAAUCUGCGCACACCCAGCGAAGACGAAGAGUCCUCUAGUAUCAUUGAGGGUGACUAUCUACCGUGGCAAGACGACCCCCCAUACCCCUUUCCUACCCUACAAGCUGGGCAGGAGUCAGACCCACCACUCGAUAACUUUCGCGCUACGCCCCUGCAACCAUAUGCGCUCCUUGCUCGUGCGCUCGACUUUGAGAAGAAACACUCCGCACUGAACGCCUCUGCAAUGAUACUAUUACUCAGGCCUCUCGUACCUGACGGGCUCAUAGACGCCCAUCUCGCCAAUUCCAUCCUGAGACAGCAUCACUCGCGGCUGAUGGGCAUGAACCUAUUCGUUGAGGCGGCACUCCUACGCAAGCUGUGUGUCAGGGGCUGGCCUGGAGGUGUCUUGGAGAAUUACUGGGUCGAAGGAUACCCAGCCGUCUUUGCACAGGCGCAGCAGGGUGUCAGUGUUGCAUACGUGUGCGGCAAGUGCAAGAGGCCACGCGAGAUGGACAGGUCGUCAACGUCAAGUGACACAGUAUGGAAGCCGUGCAAGAAGUGCCAGACCCCAGCAGGACCCUGUGCCAUUUGCGGGCACCGUCAUGUCACAGCUAUUGUCGAUGAAUACGACAUACCCGUACCAGACGGAAAUGGGGGAGGAGGUGAAAAAGCCCAGGAGCAAGACAAUGCGGGAUCUGCCACCAAACCCUCCAAGAUGUCUCCCAUUUCUACAUGGUGGUACUGCCCCACUUGCGCACAUGGCGGUCAUUCUUCGUGCAUGUCCAUAUGGCACGGUGUUUCGCUAAACUCGCGACAGGCGGAUGGCACAACUGGACUUGUCGGUGGUGGGGCUGAAUUGGGUGAUGCAUUUCCUUAUUUGGCACCCGAGAUGAUUCCAGGCGCCGGAAUCUCGGAUGGAUGCUGCCCUGUCGAUGGAUGCGGCCACGCCUGCCUCCCUGGCCGCUAUCGCGCCGAGUCCACAGCCGCGCGGACCGACGAGGUGAGCCGCGCUAGCCUGCGCGAGGCCGUGGCAGCCGCGACGAGGGCUUCCUACUCUGCCGGGCCUAGCGCCCGGGGCUCACCUGUCCUGCCACCCGGUGGGGGACAGCAACCGCAGCACUUGGCGGGUCUCAGCGAUCUCAGCCUGGCCCUCGUCCGGGGUGACCCACACGAGGCGCCACAAAGCCGGGCCGUCGAUGGCGUACGUGAUGCCCUCGGCGGACACCUCGACCGCGCCUUUGCGGCCGGGGUCGCGGCCAGACGGGGCGGGAGCAUCUCGCUGAGCUCAAGCCCGGGGCGCGCCGGGGGCAUGCUUGGCGGCGGCCUUGGUCCCUCGGCCAGUGGAAACUUGCCAUUUGGGCAUGAGCGGGAGAGGAGAAAGAGCGUCAAAUUUGCAGGGGCCGACGAGAGGAGAUGACAUUCUGACUUCCUGCAUUUCACGGAGAGUGUAUUACGAGCUGUACGCGUAAACAAGAUGUAUGCUGGUGGGUGUUUUAAUUACAAUUGGAUACUUUUUUCGGUUCAGCCAUCAUCGAGCAAGUUUAUUUCGCAAGGACUACAGUACUGGCGUACGUUGUCAGCUGCCUUUCCGCAAUAUCUUGUAGGCUGUUGGAUAUUCUCAAAGCGCUUCCAAGACAGGACAGCCGGCUGUACGCGGUGCUUAUUUCUUGGUAGGAUUGAUGUGAUAUUAACCCCUUUGCAGCAAUUUCAGCUGCCGAGCAAUUCACUGCAUCCAGUUCCGAUCUCCACAGCAAGCAGAACCUCGCGUGCAAACAUUUUACUGGGGGAUUUGGCCCUCCUUUCUGAGUUGAUGGGUCACAUCAUCCGAUUCUCAAACCACCUGGUCGGGUCAUACAGUCGGACCAGAAAGCACUGCUCCGAUAUCAAGCUUUUUCUGAGGAUCCGCUUUCGCCAAGCUGGUGAAGGAAACGAGGGCCGACAUUCCACGAAUCCUCGAAAUAAAGGGGCCUUGUCAAGUCUUGGUAUUGGGCUUUCAGGAUGGAGUUGCAAAAAAAAAAAAAAAAGAUUACAUGAAGUGGUACUGCAUGUGACCAGUAGUGAAUGCUGAUAUUUGGGCAGGAAUGCGGUACGGUCAGCGGCGAAUCAGCCCAGAGACAAAUGCUUAAACGACGGCACCACUUACGAUGAGGGUUGCUCACUGUGCCUUUCUUACUUCCUUGGCCGCCACUCGAGAACAUAUCGAUGGUGUCAAUUGUGCCUCAGAACUCGGUUCAUUAGUGGCUCUUGGGUCCAAUUUAGGGAUGCGACCAACCAACACCAAGCUGGCUAAAUAACCCAUAACAUGACAUUUACAUUUGAACGCCCGAGGGAGGAUUGCGUAGUCUCGGGUGGCCAGGCCGAGGGCUGAGCCGCCUUGGAGCUGAUCUCGCAAGGAGUUACUCCAACCAAAGAAUACCGGGAGCGCGUGGACCUCACCUGUCCGCCAAGGCAAAGCUUCGGCACGAGCGGCGCCUUGGCCUCGUCCUUGGCCUCGUUGGCGUUGGCCUUUAGGCUAAAUGCUCCUGAAAUCCCAAUUGGACAGCAGCACUGGUACGCUCCGCACACAAGAGUCUUAGCCUCGCCGUCCGUGGUUCUGAUAGGAGAGACUUACAUACUCUGGGAAAACCAAGACUUGCCCGCAGUUUCGCUUUUGGAUCAAAUUAAGAAAUGUGAUAUUGCCUACAAAUCUAUUUUUUUUUUUUUUUUUUUUUUUGUAUUGUGUACAACACAAUGGAUCCUGUGCCCAGCAAAAGCCCAGCCCAGCGCGGCUUCGUUUCCUCGUUUUCCAUGCACCCUCUACCUAUGCAAUUCAGCCGGUCGCUUGCUCCGGAGGCGCCAGCCGAAAAAAAAAGAGAACAAGACAG